AAAAAUAACCGCGGGAAAGAAGAAGAAAACAUCAACAAGGAAAUACCGGCGUAUUUUCAAAACUGAUAAGUUAUUAAAGGACUCUGCAGCUUUUAGACUCACUUCGAAAAUUAUUUUAGAAGUAGGAUCAAGCGGGAGGGGAAAAUACGACUCACUGCGACUUGUCAUUAAUAUUUAUUGUGUUGUGGAUGUAGAUGCGUCUGCAGUGAGUGUACCUACACGGUGUGUGGCACUUCCAUGCUGGGAAACUACAACACGUGGGCUCCGUGCGUGUUUACUGAUUACACAGCCAGUGGCUUUAACGAGGAAUUCAGAGCAUGGACUACCUGCCGGAUGACAACUCCAGGUACAAAGACGUCGACUACUGGGAUGAAAGAUACAAGACGGAGCAGAGUUACGAUUGGUUGGGCAGAUUCUCCAAAUUCCAGCACCUUCUGGAAGAGCACGUCCACAAAGAAGACUCUAUUCUGAUACUUGGUUGUGGAAACAGCAGUUUGAGCGGCGACAUGUACAGCGCCGGCUACCACUCCAUCACCAACAUAGACUACUCCUCUGUGUGCAUCAGUGCAAUGAGGGCCAGGUACAACGAGUGCCCCCCUAUGACCUGGCAUGAGAUGGACGUGCGGCAGCUCUCCUUCCCCAAUGCGUCCUUCGAUGUCAUCCUAGAGAAGGCCACGCUGGACGCCAUCAUGGUGGAAGAGAAGACACCUUGGGAGGUGUCCCCUCACACUGCCGGCAUCAUUCACCAAGCACUCUCGGAGAUCAGUCGCUGCCUGAAGCCUGGAGGACGGUUUGUCUCCGUAACCUUCGCCCAACCCUUAUUCAGGAAACGCCUCUACGCUCGCACAGAGUACAACUGGUCCAUUAGGAAGUACAGCUAUGGAGAAGGCUUCCAAUAUUUUGUGUAUGUUAUGACCAAAGGAGAGGAGCUUAGCCCAGAAGAUGCAGCUGUGGAGAAAAAGCACCUGGAGGACACCAAAUCCACACCUACCGGCGUCGCCGCAACACAAGAUGAAGACAAGGAAGACUUCCUGUCUCACAUCGAUUUCAUUUAAUAUUUCACUAGAUUAUCUAAAGGAAUCUUAAAAGAAAAAACUGCGAUAAUGACUUCAGAAACUCAAACUUCUCCACCCUCGCGAAUCCAACAGAAACGUCCUCUGUUACUCAAAAUGUCUACAUCACCGUUUUAAUGGGAUUAGGUAAGGAAUUAUAUAUUUUAGUAGUUAUGCUCUGGGCAUAGAUGUUCAUUUAGGCUACGUUUACAUUGCUACGUUAUGGUUUAAAAGCCAAUAUCGGCGCCUGAGUACCUCACCUGGUGGAGCAUGCAGCCGCGGGUUUGACUCCGUCCUUUUGAUUCAUGUCGUUCCCCCCCCCCUCUUUCUCCCAUGUCUAAAUAAAUAAAGGCCUAAAAAUGCCCAAUACCUUUUUAUUAUUUUAUUUUAUACACAGAUCGUUUUUUGGCUUUGUUAAAAACCAAAACAUAGCAAUGGAAAUGUAAACUUAGACCUCUUUGGGAAUGGAUUCAGACUACGCACCACCAGGGAAAUGACUACAAAUUAAAAUCCAUAAUGUUACAUAUGACAUAUUCUGUCAUAGUAGCAAAGAAAGUUGUCUGUUUUUUUAACUUACCAGAUGAUUUAAAAAUUCAUUGUAUGUCGCGAUACAGUUGUUACAUUCCCAAAGUAAAACUUGAUACAGUAACGUAUAACCUGGAACAAAAUCAGUUUUGAAACUAAUUAAAAGAAAAUGUGUGACACCUAUUUACAUGAAUAGACUAUUUGCAUCCUUUACAUAGACACGUUGUUUCUCUAAACAAGGGGGGGGGGGGUUGGAGUGGUUGUGCCAAAUAACAUAGAUUAACCCUUACAUUGU